AUGAACCCCAGUGGUGGAAAAGAGGCCAGUGGCAUUCCGUUGCUGGGAGCAUGGAAACCCAAGGAACAGAGUCUGCCUUUGCAGAUCGGCAGGCAGAUUUUCCAGCAGCCCGUCCGAGGCACCGUUGCCCAGCCAGUCAUGCAGAAUGACAGUGAGGAUGCCACUUUAGGUGACAAGAAAGGAGGAAGUCAGGGCAAGAUGGAGAAUUCUCGGCGCAGAGGAAAUGAGGCUGAGAAUACAACCACGACUGCAACAGAGACAAGUCAAGGGAAACUUCUGGAGACAGCAGAGUUGCAUGAAGAAGCAGGCAAGUCCAAUGAGGGUCAAAAGCAGCAGCAUGCAGGGAGAAGGAAUAAACGGAACGAGCGAUCAGAAGGCACUGCAGCUGCAAUUAGCCAGUCUUCCAAAGUUCACACAAGGGAGAACAUACCCAGGUUCUCCAGGUAUGGCAGAAGAUAUUGCUACAAGAUAGAGCCUGGUGCGUUAGAUACCAGCAGUGAAGACUACGAUGACCAUACCGAUGAUGAGCAUGACCGUGGCUACAGUGAUGAGGAUGACGCAUGUCCCUCAUCAGAGGAAAGUCUCCAUCAAAGUGCACGGACUGACCACCUUCAGAGAAAGGUAAAAGAAAGGAGUAGAUCUGAACCCUCUGAGAAUGGCCAAGGGGGUAAUUUAAGCAGACCUCAGAAUAGCCACCCAGGACAGGCACCUCAUGUUUCCAACAGGCCUGUGAAGCGCGUCAGUCGUGCAAAGUCCUCACACAGUAAUCGAGGAAUUCCUCAAAGUGAAGGCAAACCGCACGGACAAGCUCAUUCUAGCACAUGCUUUAGUCAGAAAGAACAUUUGCUGGAUCAUGAACAAGGCCAUCCUGGUGAGAAAAGACUGGAAUGUCCCCAGUCCGAGGAACUCUUUACUUUUAGUCAACAGGAGAUUCCUUCUGGAGAAAAUCCACAUAAAUGUUUUCACUGUGGGAAAUGCUUCAGUACGAGAAAGGGGGUAAGGAAACAUGAGCUUAUUCAUUCUGAGGAGAAAUCACACAAAUGCCUUGUUUGUGGGAAAAACUUUGGUCAGAGGACCCAUUUGAAAGAACAUCGAAGUAUUCAUACUGGGGAGAAACCAUACAAAUGCCCUGACUGUGGUGAAAACUUCACAUGGCAUAACCAGCUGAGAAGACAUCGAAGAAUUCAUACUGGGGAGAAACCAUACAAAUGCCCUGACUGUGGGAAAACAUUUAUGGACAUUGCAGAUUUGAACAUACAUCAAAGAAUUCAUAGUGGAGAGAAACCAUACAAAUGCCCUGAAUGUGAGAAAAGCUUCAGACGGAGUAAUACUUUGAGAGAACAUCAAAGAAUUCAUUCUGGAGAGAAAUUGCACAAAUGCUUAGAGUGUGGGAAAAAGUUUGGACGAGCGUGCUACUUGAGAGAACAUGGGAGAAUUCAUACAGGAGAGAAACCAUUCAAAUGCCUUGAAUGUGGUAGAGGCUUCACAUGGCUUAUCCAGCUGAGAAAACAUGUAAGAAUUCAUGCUGGAGAGAAACCAUUCAAAUGCCUUGAAUGUGGUAAAGGCUUCACAUGGCUUAUCCAGCUGAGAAAACAUCUAAGAAUUCAUGCUGGAGAGAAACCAUACAAAUGUUUUCAAUGUGGAAAAACUUUCAAAUCCAUUGCAACUCUCAAAGCACAUCAAACAAUUCAUCUUAGAGAUAAAUCAUACAAAUGCCUUGAAUGUGGUAAAAUCUUCCAUUGGAGUAAGAAUCUGAGACAACAUCAGAGCAUUCAUACGGGAGAGAAGCCAUACAAAUGUUUUGAGUGUGGAAAAAACUUCAGGCAGAAUGGAAACUUCACGUGUCAUCUGAGAAUUCAUACUGGAGAGAAACCAUACAAAUGUCUCGAGUGUGGUAAAAGUUUCACAAUGAGUAACUCUCUGAGAAUACAUCAAAGGGUUCAUACUGGAGAGAAACCAUACAAAUGCCAUAAAUGUGGAAAAAGUUUCCGAUCAAGUGGGUGUCUGAUGAAACAUAGAAGAAUUCAUACCGGAGAGAAAUCAUACAAAUGCCUUGAAUGUGGCAAAAGCUUCAGAAGGAAUAAGAAUCUGAGAGAACAUCAGAGAAUUCAUGCUUGAG